CCAUCCUAUUGCAGAGCUUGCAGCUUUUUCCUUAGGCCCUGCGGGCUGUGCCAUCAAGAAGGAGCUGUGGGCCUCCGAGUGAAACAUGCCUGCUGGAAAGGCAUGCUGGAACCACAGUUCUCGCGUCUCCUGCUCCGGCAGCGUCACCCAUCCAAGGAUAUGCCUUCAAGCCUCCACCUCGGCCGGACUUCGGCACCUCCGGGAGAACAAUCAAACUGCAGGCCAACUUCUUUGAAAUGGACAUCCCCAAAAUUGACAUCUAUCACUAUGAACUGGACAUUAAACCAGAGAAAUGCCCUCGCAGAGUGAACAGGGAAAUUGUGGAGCACAUGGUCCAGCACUUUAAGACCCAGAUCUUCGGGGACCGGAAGCCAGUGUUUGAUGGAAGGAAGAAUCUGUACACCGCCAUGCCCCUUCCAAUUGGCAGGGACAAGGUGGAACUGGAAGUCACGCUGCCAGGAGAAGGUAAAGAUCGUAUCUUCAAGGUAUCCAUCAAGUGGGUGUCAUGCGUGAGCUUGCAGGCAUUACACGAUGCACUUUCGGGGCGGCUGCCCAGCGUCCCCUUCGAGACGAUCCAGGCCCUGGACGUUGUCAUGAGGCACUUGCCAUCCAUGAGGUACACCCCCGUCGGCCGCUCCUUCUUUACGGCAUCUGAAGGCUGUUCCAACCCUCUGGGUGGGGGCCGAGAAGUGUGGUUUGGCUUUCAUCAGUCUGUCCGACCUUCUCUUUGGAAAAUGAUGCUGAAUAUUGAUGUAUCAGCAACAGCAUUUUACAAGGCACAGCCAGUCAUCGAGUUUGUUUGUGAAGUUUUGGAUUUUAAAAGUAUUGAAGAACAACAAAAACCUCUGACAGAUUCCCAAAGGGUGAAGUUUACCAAAGAAAUUAAAGGUCUAAAGGUGGAGAUAACGCACUGUGGUCAGAUGAAGAGGAAGUACCGUGUCUGCAAUGUGACCCGGCGGCCUGCCAGUCACCAAACGUUCCCGUUGCAGCAGGAGAGUGGGCAGACAGUGGAGUGUACAGUGGCCCAGUACUUCAAGGACAGGCACAAGCUGGUUCUGCGCUACCCCCACCUCCCGUGUUUACAGGUUGGACAGGAGCAGAAACACACCUACCUACCUUUGGAGGUCUGUAACAUAGUUGCUGGACAGAGAUGUAUAAAGAAAUUAACAGACAAUCAGACCUCAACCAUGAUCAGAGCAACUGCCAGGUCAGCACCGGAUCGGCAAGAGGAGAUCAGCAAAUUGAUGCGAAGUGCAAGCUUCAACACAGACCCGUAUGUUCGUGAAUUUGGAAUCAUGGUCAAAGAUGAGAUGACAGAUGUGACUGGGCGGGUCCUUCAGCCACCCUCCAUCCUCUAUGGGGGCAGGAACAAAGCUAUUGCCACCCCUGUCCAGGGUGUGUGGGACAUGAGAAACAAGCAGUUCCACACCGGCAUCGAGAUCAAGGUGUGGGCCAUCGCCUGCUUCGCGCCCCAGCGCCAGUGUACUGAAGUUCAUCUGAAGUCCUUCACAGAGCAACUGAGGAAGAUCUCCCGAGAUGCUGGGAUGCCUAUCCAGGGCCAGCCCUGUUUCUGUAAAUACGCACAGGGGGCAGACAGUGUGGAGCCCAUGUUCCGGCACCUGAAGAACACAUACGCUGGCCUACAGCUGGUAGUGGUUAUCCUUCCUGGCAAAACUCCUGUGUACGCGGAAGUCAAGCGUGUGGGAGACACAGUGCUUGGGAUGGCCACGCAGUGCGUACAGAUGAAGAAUGUGCAGAGGACCACCCCGCAGACCCUAUCCAAUCUCUGCUUAAAGAUCAACGUCAAACUGGGAGGCGUCAACAACAUCCUGCUGCCACAGGGCAGGCCUCCAGUGUUCCAGCAACCUGUCAUCUUCCUGGGAGCCGAUGUCACCCACCCACCAGCUGGUGACGGGAAGAAGCCUUCGAUUGCUGCAGUCGUGGGUAGCAUGGACGCACACCCAAACCGCUACUGUGCCACCGUGCGUGUCCAGCAGCACCGCCAAGAGAUCAUCCAGGACCUGGCCGCCAUGGUGCGCGAGCUGCUCAUUCAGUUCUACAAAUCGACACGCUUCAAGCCCACCCGCAUCAUCUUCUACCGAGACGGCGUCUCCGAGGGCCAGUUCCAGCAGGUACUCCACCAUGAGCUCCUGGCCAUCCGAGAGGCCUGCAUCAAGCUGGAGAAGGACUAUCAGCCGGGGAUCACAUUUAUCGUGGUGCAGAAACGGCACCACACACGCCUCUUCUGCACAGACAAGAAUGAGCGGGUUGGAAAGAGUGGGAACAUUCCAGCAGGCACAACCGUGGACACAAAAAUUACUCACCCAACUGAGUUUGACUUCUACCUGUGCAGUCAUGCCGGCAUCCAGGGGACAAGCCGUCCUUCCCACUACCAUGUGCUUUGGGAUGACAAUCGUUUUUCUUCUGACGAGCUGCAGAUUCUGACCUACCAGCUGUGUCACACCUAUGUACGCUGCACGCGCUCUGUGUCAAUACCUGCGCCAGCGUACUAUGCUCACCUGGUGGCCUUCCGAGCCAGGUACCACCUGGUGGAUAAAGAGCAUGACAGCGCUGAAGGAAGCCAUACCUCUGGGCAGAGCAAUGGGCGAGAUCACCAAGCGCUGGCCAAGGCAGUCCAGGUCCAUCAGGACACACUGCGCACCAUGUACUUUGCUUGACAUGUUGUAGUGUUUAGCGAUUGUGUACCAAGUUGGAUUCACACGAGACCAGCUACACUCAGACCAACAGAUGCCCAACCCUUCUGUGACAGCCAGCAUCGAACAUGAGACGUCUUUGGUUUUAUUAGACCCUCCAUUUUCCAGAAUGCCUUCCGUCCCAGAUUUCAGACUUGGAUUUUGAGCUGCAGGCCUGUAUGAGACCCCACUGUAGGAAACGUGGUUUGCCAAACCUAAAAGCUGCUCACUGAGAGUCCCGUUCCCUAAAAACAAAAACAACAACAAAAUGUCCUAAAACCAGUCUAUGAACUCUCAGGGCUUUAAAACAUUUUUAAUUUAUUUGGUCAUUCAAUUUACUUGUUUUUAACACCUGAUUCUCAAUGAAAUCGAUGGGCUCAAACUAGUUGUGAAGGCUCUGAGCGUGAAUGCAACACCAUCACCAUUGGGGUUUUAAAGCCUGGCCCUAAGAAGUUGUCACUAAUGUUGAGUUUUAAGGGAUACCAUGUGCUCUGCAGCCCCAGGGCAGAGGCUGCUAGGUAUCCACAGUGUCUCUCGCCUGCCACUGCCUGCCCUCGAGGCCUGAACGAAGGCGCAGUGGCAGAGGGUACGGUCACGUGUGUUUACAGCAGUGACAAGUCCGAGAGAUUUGGCAGACAAGUGCCAUUUUGAUAAAAAUUUAUUUAAAAAGAGAAAAAAAAGACAAUAUACUGACAGUCUAAUCAUAAGAUUUGUCCUGUAGGACUGUGACAUUUAUUUUCCAAAGUUUCUAAAGAAUACGGGUCUGUGGUGAUAAAUACAGUACAAUCCUUUUUCACUGUUAUGUCUUUAAUGUAAGAGAAGAAUAUAUAUAUCUGGUUUGCAGUAUUAAUGUGCUAGGUAGAUGCUCUUUCCCUUUGUUGACUACGGGGUGCUUCUUGUGACCUGUUUCACACAUCAGGAGCUGUUUGGAGCCUGGAGACAGGCCA